GCAUGGCCGAUGGACGAGAUGGAGCAAUCAGUCAUUAUGUUUUGUGGCAUGGUUGUUUUCAUGCUUUUCUUUGGCGUGAGUGUAAAAAUUUGAAUGAAAUAAAUAUAUAAUUGGAUAAAUUAUGCCAAAAGUAGUGUCGAGGAGCAUUAUAUGCUCCGAUACAAAAGAUCAGGAAGAAUACAGCGAGGAGAAACCGUUGCAUAUUUAUUAUUGUAUAUGUGGCCAGAUGACACUAAUUUUAGAUUGUGCUAUUGAAAAAUUACCAUUAAGGAAAAGAGAUGGAGCAAGGGUAAUCGACGGCAGUAAGCAUGCUCAUAAAAUGACUUCAGAGCGAGAUGAGAUUGUAUUUCUCAAGCGUCCAGAAGGAAUUGAAAAACAAUAUAGACAAAAAUGUAAAAAAUGUGGCUUAUUGCUGUAUUAUAAGCAUGAUCCAGGAGCAAAUAUAGUAUUUGUAGUAAAAGAUUCGGUAAUAAGAAGUUCUGGAGAGGGUCCUAUGACAGACAUUUAUAAUCAAGUGGCCAUUGAGAAACCUAAAAAAAUAAUGGUUACUAAACAUACCAAAAAUAUGGGCAAAUUUAGUUCGGUUACUGUAUCCACAAUUGAUGAAGAAGAGGAUGAAAUUGAAGCUAGAGAAGUCGCUGACUCCUACGCGAACAACGCACGUAUCAUAGAAAAACAGUUAGAAAGAAAAGGUAUGAAUAAACGAAAAACUAUACCAUCUACUGAAACAGAUUCAAAGCGAUCAAGACCUAGAGGGACGUUACUGGAUGUUUGAUUUUCUAUAGAGAUCUUAAUACAAUUAUGCACAUAUUAAUUUACUAUCUUACAUUAUACAGUUAAAAAUGAAUUUAUUACAUAUCGCGUGUGGAUAAAAAGAUUGCAACAUGGCACUUUCAAUAAAUUUCAAUAAAUAUACGUAAAAAUUGUUAUUUUAUCAUUUUUAAUUUGGAAAUUCUGGAAAUUUAUUGAAAAAAAUGUUGCAAUCUUUCUCUUCACAAUAUUGUAUCUUGUACAAAUAAUUUGUUCCUCCCUUCCUUCCUCCAAGAAUAUAAUAAUAAACGUUUAAUUUUAUAUCGA